CUACCAAAGGAAACACCAAUACAAAUAAACGAAGAGGUUCUUGUAAUCGUGAAUGGAGGCAUAGCAUUCGAAUUUAAUCCUACGCACCAGUGGCGGUGUGGUGUGACUUGAGGGACUACUAGAUAAGCUUGCCCUGGGUUUUCUUGAAACGUUUGAAAAUUGAGCUUUUUCCACAUUCACAUUAAUGUGUUCUGGCACAUGUCAACGACGAAGAGGCCUGGGCAUUUCAGGUAGAGACCCAACUACCUGUAAGGGCCUGCCAAGAUCGUCUUGACCCAAUACUUGCUACCUUUGUUGUCACAUAGAAGGUUAAUACAGACUUACAGAUUACUUUUGGGCAUUUCGAAAUCCCCUUGUUUGGAACCAAGUCUGUUGUAAUCGGCAAGAGUGAUCUGGCACAUUUUGUGCAGUUAAAACCUAACCAGGAAGUGGAUGAACAGGAUCCGUGAACUACUGAAAUUGAGAUAUCCGAUGUAAACGAUCCAUCUCAUGGAACAAUCACGCUCGCCUUCCCUCAAUUUGAUGUAUCUCGCAAUUUAGAAGGUUAGUCGGCAGAAUUUCCGCGAGGAUGACUCCCAGCUUCCGGUCCGUUUUGCCUUUGAGCCUUUUCUUCGGGCUGUGCUCGUCUUACGUGGGCAACUCUUUUGAAUAUGACUCUCCUCGACGUCAAGUGGAAGUCACGAAUGAGCACCUUUAUCAAAGUCCAAGGAUUGUAAUCCUUGGCGCCACUGGCGUGGGCAAGUCAAGUUUGGCCAAUGUUCUCUUGGGCCGUGACAAGAACUAUGAUGGUCGAGGCCACCUGGAUGGUUGCUUCAAGGUCAUGGGACUCAAUAACCACGGAUCGUCCGUGACCAAAAAGACAUGUCCUGAUGCGGGCCAUUGGUUGGGAAAUCUGUCGGCACCGUUGUUCACGGUGAUCGACACCCCCGGGUUUGGGAACAACCUCAUUGAAGAGGAGAAGACCAUUGAAGGUCUCGUGAACGUCCUGAAGGACGAGAUCAAAUACAUCCAUGCCUUUGUGAUUGCAUUCAAACAGCAAGACAACCGCAUGACGGCGUCUCUGCGGAGCAUGAUUGGGUUGUUCCAAAAGAUGUUUGGCGAUGGGUUCUGGGAGAACGCCAUCUUAGAGGCCACGCAUUGGAACUAUCAUCCCAAGAACGUGGAGAUCCGAGACUCCUCCGAGCCUCGACUCACCGAGAAACACUGGUCCCGGGAGUUCAACCGACUCUUCCAUAACGAAUACGGACUGAAGAAGCCCCUGAAUGCUGUGUUCAUUGAUACCUUUUACGAUCCUCACAACCCGUCGGAAGUGGCCAAAUUCAAGGCAAACACCGACACUCUCUUCCAAUUUUCCCAGAGUCGGAACCCGUUCGAAUGCAAGGAUAUCAAGAUCGCCCUCACGGAGAUCCGGCAACUUCAAAAUGACAUCUACGAACUGGAGAACAACAAACGUGAGCAGAUCAAAACCAUCCAGGAUCUUCUGGAGUCGAACUACGUGCUGAACCGGACUCUCCAGCGAGCUGGCCUCACCACACCCGCUCCUACACUCUACCCUGCCAGUCUUCAGAACCAGUAUUGUUGGUCCAACAAGUGCUACACGCCCACGGAGUUCGCCCUCUUUGGCAUUGGUAUUUGCGUCCUCGGCAUCCUCAUCGGCAUCGUGGCCGUGGCCUGGUUCCGAAACCAAUGCAGCCCCGAAGACAAGUAUUACAGCUACAGUGUCGACGAGACGCCCCCACCCAUUCAAACCAGUGCCAAAAAUGGCGACAUCCAGCGUCACGACUCAUCCAUGUUGUCCAACUCGGACUCGGGCGGGUUCAACAGCCACAAGUACGACUCGGUGGUGGCCGUCUCACCCAACGCUCGACGGGACUCGGUCGUUCAACCCGGGGACUUAUCCACCGAUGUGAUUCGUUGUGACGACCAAAUCAACGGCAACGUCCACUACAUGGCCAAUGGUGGAGGUCCACUCGAGACGAUGAUGUGACAGUGCGCCUUUUUCUAUCCAGGUUCUUCCCCCAUGCUCAUGGAUGACUCCCUCGUUGCUUCCUCGGCGUCUUCGCCCAUUGUGAGUGUGGCUCAAAUGCACCAUCCCCCGCCACCCCCGACGAACUUGAACCUGACCUUGGCCUCCAACGGAAUGGCCGGCCGGGCUGGAGGGGGUGGUUUGGAGGCGGGGGUAUUGGCCAAUCGAGAACACUUGGUGUCUGUGCAACCCAGGCCACCCCCCACCUCCAUGGUGUUACCUACUCAAGCCCCUUUGAGUCACACUGAUGGGCCCUAUUUUUACUACUACUGAACAUGCGGGGAAAGCAAUCUAGGAGCACAAACCGAUCAAUGCAACGAGACUCAUACGUCAUGUACUCUUAGAGAUCCCCAAGACUCGCAUCACAAACUGAUUGACUACAAUGUAGUUGGAAGACGACAGUAUUGAGUGCUCCCUCAUAUCUAUCCCCUCAUUCCUGAUCUGAUUAUUCUGGAUUUCGCUUUGGUUUUGUUGUAACAAACCCACGUACAACCGAUUUUUUAGAAGCCUCGUCUUUUGAUAUUUGUAGCGGACUACAUGCUGAAUACUGAUCUCGAUUGUUCUUUCGAUAGCAAUACACUAAAUAUUUUGAAACCGAU